UCGCCAGGGGCUUUAAAAAGAGCACCAUUUUGUGCCGGCUAGUCCGGGACGCGGCGGGAUAUCGAUCUGCGUGGUCCGCCUUGGAGAGAAAAAAAAAAAGAGAGAGCGAAGUUGCACCCCCCACGAGGAAAAAAAAAGAGCGAGAAGAAAGGGGGCGGAGGAGGAAAGCACCUCCUCCUCUUUGGGGAAGAAAGAGGCAGGAGGGCGGCGGAAGAGAGAAGCCGGAGCUGCUGCUCGCAAGUCUCUCGGCCGCAGUAGCUGCUCGACGGCAGGCGGCGGCGCUGGAGAGGCCCAGAGGGAGCCGGCGCAGCGGCGCGAGGAAAGCGAUGAAGCCCCAAGGAGCUGCAGCCGCCGCCGCCAGCCAUGGAGCCACCGCCGCUGCCGCCGUCAGCGCCUCGCCUGCUCCUCCAGGCGCCCCGGGCUCGGCGGCGGCUUCUUCGGCGGAGAAAGUCGUGCACUCCCGCUCGCAGGCGCUGUUCUUCGGCGGCGGCACGAAGGCGCUGGGCGACGCCUUCAAGCUUCUGGUGCCCAAGUCGACGGAGUUCAUGAGCUCCGACGCCGAGCUGUGGAACUUCCUGUGCAGCCUCAAGCACGAGUUCUCGCCGGUCAUCCUCCGCAGCAAGGACGUCUACGGCUACGCGUCGUGCCGAGCCUCCGUGCCGGACUUGUCCCGGGGCUUCGCGGCGACGGCGCAGGGCAGGAGGGAGCGGCCGUGGAGGAGAGCCGCUGCCAGGGGGAGGCGCCUGCGGGUCGCCGCCGGAGGAGGAGGCGCGAAGAGGGCGGCCAAGAAGCGCAGCAAAGAGGCAGCGGCGGCGCCCGAGGCUGCCCGCUGCGCUUCCGACGGGCGCCCAGAGCAGCAGCAGCAGCCGCCGCCGCGGGAGCAGCAGCAACGAUCGGUUCCCGGCCCGGCAGCUCCGCCCUUGCCCGCGGGGACUCUCUUCGAGGGCAGGUCCCUUGAGAGCAUCUGGCAGGCGGCCACCCCCCGCAAGCUGGACUCCUUCCCCUCCGUCAAAGUGCGCGGGAGCGUGUGGAACCGGCGCAGUUUGGAGACCACCCGGCGGAGGGCGCAGCGCCUCUUGGGGGUCGAUCUGGCGCCCGUCGUGAGACUCCGCCGCUUGCCGCUGGUCGGGCGCAGAGGAGCGGGCGCCCCUUGAAGGAAUCGCGGGUUGGAUCCGCCACAUGCACCGGGGAUGGCGUGGCGGAGAACCGGGAUUGUGGUGGUUUUUUUGGUGGCGGGAGUCUCCUCUCCUCGCCAGCCGCGACGUAGCGAACAAGCGAAGGGAGGUGCGUGGCAGUCACCUGUUUACAAUUACUUUGGUCCGGAUUGGGUCGUCCUUAUUCAAUGAACAGCACUUUAGGGCGACGUCUUGGGAGGAUUGUCGCCCCUUUCCCAGCCCUCUUUCCCAUCUGGACUGGGAGGCCGCCCCCAGCCCAGAGCUACAGGGGAGCCUUUUCUACUUACCUUUACCUUGAUAACCUUUGGGCUGAGGAGAGGCAAGAGAUGCAGUCUGGUUUCGAGUCACUUUUUCUUCCUUCCCAUUGGGCUACCUCACUCAAGAAUUUGGCGAAGAGAUCACUUGGUUGCUUCCCUCCCCCUUUCCAAAGGAUCUUUCCUAUCACAAUUUAAUGCCAAUUUCCCCCCAUUAAGAAGUAGCCAAUGGACUAUUAUGUAUGACUUUUGUGCAAUUGCACUAGAUGCUCAGGGUUACUUGAAUAUGUUAAGUGUUUCCAGUUUCAGAUAACGGGACUUAAGCUUUUGACCAAGGAUGCUCAAGAAAUGAAGACUUAAUUAACAGCUCACAGCUUAUUUGAUGGUGCAAAAAAGUUUUGCUCCCUUUUUGUUUUGUACAUGAGUUGGACUUUGUGAUAAACUUUCAGUAUAAUAAUGGUUGAAUGUUUUGUAUGUAAUAAAGUUUUAUAGUUGAAAUUUAACUAGUAUUUCUAAUAGUUUCUAAAAAUGAGAAUUGUAUUGGAUACUUCAUUUUAUAUAAUCUUUACUUUAGAGAAGCUCUCAAGCUAAGUGAAAAUCUAAUAAAAGUGUAAAAGGAAGAAUCUGCUUCUACAGUUUAAUUUCUUGGGAAAGAAUGUUUGGCCCUGGACUACAAGGUGUUAAGGUUCUUUGAAAGUGUUCAGGUUGACAAGUUCAGCAAGAUGACUAAAAUACAGGAGCAAGUAGGAAUUUUAGAUUGUUUGCUACCUUUAAAAAAAAACAAUGUUGUGGCUAUUCAGAAUUGCUGUUCUGGUCGCCUUCUAUUUCCCUUGAUAACUGAUUGGAAAUACAAAAGCCAUUGGUGAGUUUUGGCAUUAAGGCAGUCCAGACAGAGUGCAGGGAACCUUCAGCC